AUGCACGCGUACGAGGACGCCACCGGCGAGCCGAGUGCGCGCGUCGCUGUAUACCGCGCGCCAAACAGCCGUGCGUAUGGUACGUACACAUGCCAUGUUUAUGCAGCCGCGCCGCCGCCCGAAAACGACGACUUUGAGCCUACCACGGCCGAGCUGACGACUGCGUAUGCAAACGCACUUUCCCAGCGGCACGGGCCGAACGCGCCGCUGAUGACGAGUGCAAUGCGUGCGAAGCGCGAUGCCGAGGUGCAGCAGCACAAGAAAAAGUUUGACUCGGUGCGUAUCCGCGUGCGCUUUGCGGAUCGGACACAGCUGGAGAAAGUGUUUCCGCACAGUGCUACGAUACUCCACGUGUACGAGCUCGUGGACUGUGCAUUGGAGGCAGAGUGUGGACACGACUAUGUGCUAUUCCAGUCGCCACCGAAGCGCGAUUACCUGCGCACGGAUCCCGCACUGCGUACCACGACACUCGGCGAGCUUGGAUUCGCGCCGGGCGCGGUGCUUGGGAUCCGGUGGCCAGAUGCUAGCCGGAAUGGUGCGUACGAUGCGCUACUGACAACUGCUACCGAUGCGCCUGCGCCGCUCCUCCCGCACCUGCUUGCCAAAGCACGCGACAUGCCUUCCGCGCCCUCAUUUUCCGGCGCACAAAUACCAUCCGUGCGCGGCUCGGACGAGCAUACAGACACGCGCGUACCCAGUGACAAGCGCAAACUGCCCAAGGUACAUACUCCGCACGCUCACCGCAGUGUACGCUCCUCCGUUUUGCGUGCGUUCACCAUGGCCUUUUCCAAUUUUGUGUACAACGUCUUUGCGCAACGUAACUCGAUUUUGUAUGUAUUUGGGAUUGGCGAUGUGGAUGUCGGUACGAUUCUCUCGGGUGCUUUCUUGUUCGGUAUCGGGUUCGACACCGCUACACAGACUUGGUGGGACAGGCACAACUACCCCAAGCAAUGGAAGGAUAUUCGCUCCAAGUAUAUUGAGGAUGGCAACGACGAUAAUGACGAUGAGUAG